UCUUACUCUUUCCCUGUCCCAGCUUAGUCCCAUUUUCCUCUUCCCUCUGCUUCAAUUGCUCUGCAUGAGAAGCGUGCAUUUCAAUCGGAAAACCGCCGGAAGCUACCAAAACCCCUGUCGAAUCACAUCGAAGCUCGCCGGAGAUGGAGAGCGCGUCGGAGCUGGUGCCAUUUCCACUGCUGCUCACGCCGAUUGAGUCCAAUUACAGAGCCUGCACCAUCCCCUACCGAUUCCCUUCCGAUAAUCCUCGCAAGCCUACCCCCAUUGAGCUCUCAUGGAUCAACGUCUUCUACAAUGUUAUCCCAUCCUUCAAAGAACGGGCGGCGGGUGAUCCCACAGUCCCAGAUGCUGAAGAAAAAGCUGAAAAGUUUGCCCAGAGGUAUUCUCAAAUACUUGAUGACUUGAAGAAAGAUCCUGAAAGUCAUGGAGGACCUCCUGAUUGCAUUCUUCUAUGUAGACUUCGGGAGCAAGUCCUUAGGGAAUUGGGGUUCAGAGAUAUAUUCAAGAGAGUGAAGGAUGAAGAGAAUGCAAAGGCUAUUACCUUAUUUGCUGAUGUAAUUCGUUUGAAUGAUGACAUUGAAGAUGAUGAGAAGCGUUUGGAGAAUCUGGUUAGAGGAAUAUUUGCUGGGAACAUUUUUGACCUUGGUUCGGCUCAGCUAGCUGAAGUUUUCUCGAAGGAUGGUAUGUCUUUCUUAGCGAGUUGUCAAAAUCUAGUUCCUCGUCCUUGGGUGAUUGAUGAUUUGGACACAUUCAAACUCCGAUGGAGUAAAAAGUCAUGGAAGAAGGCUGUAAUAUUUGUUGAUAACUCCGGUGCAGAUAUUAUUUUGGGCAUUUUGCCAUUUGCUAGAGAGUUACUUCGGCGUGGAACUCAGGUUGUCUUAGCGGCUAAUGACUUGCCCUCAAUUAACGAUGUAACUUAUCAUGAACUAAUUGAAAUUUUAUCACAGCUGAAGGAUGACCGUGGACAGCUUGUGGGGGUCGAUACUUCCAACCUUUUAGUUGCCAAUUCUGGCAAUGAUUUGCCCGUCAUUGACCUUUCUCAAGUCUCCCAGGAGCUUAGUUACCUGGCAACCGAUGCAGAUCUAGUUAUCUUGGAAGGAAUGGGUCGUGGAAUAGAGACAAAUCUUUAUGCUCAAUUUAAGUCUGAUUCGCUAAAGAUUGGCAUGGUAAAGCAUCUGGAGGUUGCAGAGUUUCUUGGUGGAAGGCUCUACGAUUGUGUCUUCAAGUACAAUGAAGUUUCUAGUUGAUGUCAUCCUUUGGUACAUCUGACCCCAUUUUUUUAUAUCAUUAAAUAUUGGAUCAUUGUAGGAUUAUUUAUUAAGCCCCGGCUGUUGCUUGAAAAAUGCCUUCCUUUAUUUACGUGAACGAACUUGAGUAGGCGUUUCCAUUUCGUAAUUGUGAAGAGACUUGAGAGAUGUAUUUUUAUAUAUUAGAAAUUAGGAAAAUAAAUAUAAAAAGAAACCCUGGAGAAUUGUUGACA